GCAAUCGUCAGUCCAGGGCUCAUCCGAAGUGCUGGGCUUGAGAGUGAGUGAUGACUGUAACAGGGGCAGCUGAGGCUUAGCUGUGUGGCUCACAGAAAAUGGUGUAAAUUGUAUUUCUCUGCUUUGGUAGCAGGUGCGGGCUCUUUACUGAAGGGAGAGUUGCCUAAAAGGAAAAGAAGAGAAAUUGUGUGGAUUUUAUUCUGGUUCUUCUGACUGCUACACUAUAUAUUAUCAUUAAGACCUGGAGGCAUGGGGGACACUGGCACCUUUGACUUGUAUCUUGCUGUUUCCUAUUUCUGAAAUCUUAGAUGCAUCCUUAGUUUAAAAAUAUUUUUUGGGGUGUGACUAUUUUUGGUCUCAGCUGAUUAUCUCAAGCUAAAUAUACACUGUAUUGUUGUGGACUUGACAGUGUUAUAGGGGCACCUUUGGACCCCAACUUGCAACCAACAUUGACUAACUUGGCCAUAGCAGUGAGAGGACAAUGCCUGGAUUAUCCUAUAAUAAGCGACUCUGUAACUUGCCUGUUGGAAGCGGCAAGUGAAUCAGGGACUGGAGGCUGUCGGUCAGCUGCUGGCUGCAUUCCACCAGUUUGUCUGAAGACUGUAAACAUCUUGACAACCUUCACUAGUUGGUAGGAUACACGCACAACGAAAGAGACAACAGGAUCCCCUUCACACUCUGGGUCAGGAGGGAUUAGUUGAAGAAUGCUGGUCCCAGGUGCCCAACAGGAAGAUGGUGAUGCGUUGGCCGAGAGCCACAGCUGUUAGAUGGUUGCUGUUGAUGCUCGUAUGGCAGUGGACAGUGCUGGGCCACCUCGGCUGGGUUCUGGCCCUGGCUGAGGGGCAGCAGAGUAACAACCCCUCGCUCACUGCUGCCAGCACCGGACACCAGAGUGGCGACCAAUUGGAUUGGCUGCUGUCUGAGAAGGGACCUUUCCACCGUUGUCCGGAAUACACAGAGUUCAAAGAACGCUUCCAGCAAGGCUUCUCCACACGCUAUAAGAUCUACAGGGAAUUCAGCCAUUGGAAAGUAAACAGCUUGGCUACAGAGAAGAGGGAUGUUUUUAAGGCCCCCUUGCCACUGGCGCCGGAGUUUCUACGCAACCUGAGGCUGCUGGGUCGAAGGCCAAGUCUGCAGCAGAUCCACGAGAACUUGAUCAAGAAAUAUGGGACACACUUUUUGGCGUCUGCUACGCUAGGAGGAGAAGAAUCGUUGACAAUCUUCCUGGAUAAGCAGAAGCUCAGUAAGAAAUCGGAGGGACAGGGAAACAGCUCGGUGGUCUCCCUGGAAGUACUGCAUCAGUUGGCUGCCUCUUAUUUCACAGACCGCGAGAGCACCUUAAGAAGACUUCACCACCUACAGAUAGCCACCUCCGCCAUAAAGGUAACAGAAACUAGGACUGGGCCACUUGGAUGCAGUAACUAUGACAGCCUUGAUUCUGUUAGCUCUGUCUUGGUACACAGUCCUGAAAAUAAAAUACAUCUAAAAGGUUUACAGGAUGUCCUUCCAGAAUUCCUCCGGAACCGUUUUGUGGAGGCUGCUCUCAGCUACGUGGCAUGCAACUCUGAGGGGGAGCUUUUGUGUCGUAACAAUGACUGCUGGUGCCGCUGCUCUGCCAAGUUCCCUGAUUGUAACUGCCCCUUGGCUGAUAUCAAAGUCAUGGAGGAAAAUCUGCACAAAAGCAAGGAAUCCUGGACCAACUUCAACACUGAAUUUAUGGAAUCAGAUGAAUUCAAGGCCUUCAUGAAAAAACUACCAACGGACCGUUUUUUAAACACAUCCAUGGUAUUCAAGUUUUGGGCAACAGAUGCAGCUCUCCAGAAGCGCUACAGCCAAUUGGAGAUCAGCACCAAUUUGGUUCUUGGGAAAGCCCAGAAGAUUGUGAGGAAACUCUUCACUCUGAGCAAGCGCUGUCCCAAACUGCCAAGGAUCAGCCUCUAUAGAGAAAGGACACCAGGAUUUUGGCUGAGCAAGGCCCAGUCACUCCUGUACUGCAACGAGCAUGGAAUCCUGGGCACGUUUUCAGAAGAGAUGCAAAGCUGCACCUGCACUGCAGAGCACAGUAGCGCCUGCCAGGGGACAGUGCCCUGUGAGGUCGGAGAGGGGUCAACCUGCCUCUCAUGUGCCCCGGACAACAUCACCCGCUGUGGCUCGUGCCACCCUGGCAACAUCCUGCACCUGGGCUCGUGUCGGCCCAACAUAGCAAACUCUCUGGACCACUACCUGAACAUUGACUUUGACAUGCCGGACACAGAGGUCAAGUAUCUGCUCCAGCAGCUGGACAGUCGCAUGGAGGUCCAUGCCAUCUACAUCAGCAAUGAUGUGCGUCUGGGCAGCUGGUUCAACCCGGCCUGGAGGAAACGCAUGCUCCUCACUCUAAAGAGCAACAAAAACAAAUCCAACCUCAUUCAUAUGCUAAUGGGAAUCUCAUUCCAGAUCUGCUCCACAAAAAACAGUACCCUGGAGCCUGUGCCUGCUAUCUAUGUCAACCCAUUUGGGGGCAGCCAUUCGGAGAGUUGGUUCAUGCCUGUCAACCAGCAGGACUUCCCAGACUGGGAGAGAACUAAAUUGGAUGCCUCUCUGCAGUGCUACAACUGGACGCUGAUGCUGGGCAACAAAUGGAAGUCCUUCUUCGAGACGGUGCACAUUUACCUGCGCAGCCGCAUCCUGACCGACGACCCCACUGUCAACGAGACCCUUUUCUACGAACCCCUGGACCUGGACGACCACACGUCCAACCUGGGCUACAUGAAGAUCAACAGUCUCAAGGUGUUCGGCUACAGCAUGCACUUUGACCCAGAGGGAAUCAAAGACCUGAUUUUGCAGCUGGACUACCCGUACACGCAAGGAACCCAGGACGCAGCCUUUCAUAUGCUGCUGGAGAUGAGAGACCGCAUCAACCGGCUCUCCCCGCCCGGAGUGCAGCCAUUGGACAUCUUUUCAUGUCUGCUCCGCCACAGGCUCAAGCUCUCCACCAGCGAGGUGGUGCGUAUCCGAGACUCCCUCCAGAUUUUCAACUCCAAGCUGCCCAAUUCUUCUGAGGCAGAGCUGGGCCAGUUAUGCAGCUAGCUCAGUCUAAAUUAGGGUCCAGAGAGUGCUGCGCUGCUGGUUACUCUUCAGUCAUCCGCCAAUUUAUCCAUCUGGUUUGGAAAACAUGUACAUAUAUUUCUGAGAUGUCUAGAACAUUCCUAUACACUUGCUGAAAGACUGUGGCGUGUGUUGAAUCUGGUGAAUGUGGAGUGAUGUCAUGACAACAGAUAGAGUUUUUAAUAUAGAAAGCAAGGACCUCAGAUGAGUUUUCCAAAGGAUUACUAUGGCUGUUCAUCUGUUGGCAUGAAGUUAAGGAAAUGGAACAGGAUUUCCCUUUCUAACUCUUUUUUUCUUUGGUUACAGAACAAUUUAAUUUUAAUGGUAAAAUAUGUGCUGAAUGAGUUGUUGAUUAUGCUUAACAGUUUAUUUUGAUAAUCAUUCACAUUUUGUUAUCCUUGCCUUUCCAUUUUAUCUUUCGUUCAAAACCAUACAAGAUAUGUAUUUGUGCUUAACAUUUGGUUGAGAAGCCCAUGACUGAAUCGUUCUAUUCAGCAACAUUACUUUACCAAAAGAAGGUGAAAAUUGUGGCAAACUGAGUGGCAUAAAUGUCUUAAAUGUUGAGUUUAGUUUUUCAGCUGACUUCAAAAUGAAUUCUUCUGACAUGGUUACAAAAGGUCUGUGGAUACAGCUCUGUAAAUAUUGCUCCAUCUAUGUGGAAAGUGCACAUAACUUUUAUUUGAUAACCAAGUGCAAACACCCCAAAAAUAUUUGUAACAAAAAAAAAUCAUGCCUUAUAAUGGAGAGUCAAUGUUCAGAUAAAAAGCACAUUUAGUUAAGUUUAAUUUCCAAGCUGGAUGUUUUGAAAAUAUUUUGCAAACAUAACACCUUUUUUGGAAUAGGCUAACUGUAUUUGCAUUCUAAUGAGUACACUGUAUUGUGGAUCUUACCUGUAAAUGCCAGUCACAAUUCCAGUUAAACAUAUUGCGGAAUUUUAUUAUUUUCUAAAACUAGUUCUUUAACUCAAAUGUUUAUUAAUGGUAUUCACGGUAGGUCUAGAUUGGAACUGAAAUAAAUAUGAGCUGAUAAACUGGAGACCAUGCAUUUGUCUUGGUAUAUUGUAACUGGGUAUGUUUCAUAUCUUUUACACGGACUGUGAUGGUUCAACAAUUUACCAUCCUGCUGUAUCUGUAUCAUAUGUUAACGUACUAUCUGACCUUUCAUUAUCUACAAAACCUACAUCUUGAGUGAAAAAGUGCUGUCAUAAAUCUACUGCUGGAAUAGCUGUUUCUAGGAUUUAUCAAUUGUACCAUUGGACAAUAGGAACAUUUGGUCUCGACAAAGAACACAUUUAAAUGUCCCUCUUCACUGUACGAAUCCUCUUUGUUACCAUGAAAUGGAAUUACCCUGGGUGCUUCCUGAUAAGAUGAAUGUUCUCUAGUAUAUGAAGUGCAGCAUUUGCAAGUUAAAACUCAUUUCCAAGGUUGUCACAGAGCACGGGAACCAAACACACAUUGUCACAUCGCAUCAAACUCACUGUGCCUCUGAACAACCUGGGAAAAACAUCAAACUAUUUUACUAAGAUGGGAGUCACAAACACAGGCACUUCGUUGUUAACGGCGGCCGUCCUUAAGCUUUUUAUGGCCACCAUGUUCAAGGCUGGACAGCUCUUUUCAUGUGUGCUCUGUCUAUUUUCCAUUGGUGAGAGGACGCCUGACAUGUAAAUAUCCCUGUGGAAGUAAAGGGUCUUCUACAAUGCCAACACUGUCACUUAGCAGUGGCCUGUUUGUCUGGUGUGCAAGUCUUGGGACUGGUGCCAACGUCCUUAGGCCUCAGAGAGGCAUGACCUCUCUAUUAUGGUUUAUAACUUAUUUGAUAUGUGGGGGACAUCUUUCUUUCCACAGGGAGCCCGACAUUAGCUUUUCAAUGGGUAAUGAUAUGAGAGAAUGGCACCACUAUAAGAGGUUAUCAUUACAGUUUGAUUUGAAUGUCAUCUUUAGCUGCCUUUAUUUAAUUACAUUUUGUAUGUCAUCAGUAUUGCUACCAUCAAAAUCAAACUAUAUAUAAAAGGUGGUAGCAACAUGGUUAAAAGAUUUGAACAAGUUGUGAACACUUACAAUGAUCAAUUAUAUACAUUUAUCUCUGAAAUAGUUACAGUUAUAACUUGUUCCUAUAUUUCUACCAUGUAAGUACCUAUACUGUAAAGUACACUACUUAUGCGAGCGAUUCAAGAAAUAAGCAACAAACUCUGUAUGUCUAGCUUGUACUAUUCCUGACAUAAUUAACCCGAGCAGUUUUUCCGUACAGUAUGAAAGGUAAUUGUCGUUGGAAAAAUGUACAAAUAUUUCCUAAACGCCUUGAACUUCUGUAUGGUUAUAGAAUAAGAUGUUGUUUUGCCCCUGAAAGCUACAAAUGUCCAGAACCAAAGUGCUGAAUGUAAAUAUUCUUAGGUUGACUCCAUCCACUUUGAUCAGACUCUACUUCACACAGCUCAAUCAAGAAUAUGAAAUAUCAGCUCAGUAUCCAGCUGAAAGAAUUAUAUUUGAUUAUAUGAUCAUGUUUUAUGUAUUUGUAUCUGUACAUACUGAAUGAGGCGCUACAUACACAAACAUACUGAUAUGCUUACUGGUUGGCUCUGUAAAGAACCGUUUAACUUUUUAUUAUUGUUUGAUCAAAAAUAUUUGUUUCUCUCAAUGUUUUAACAGGAUGUAAAUGUUCUUAUAUUAAAUAAUAAAAAAGAACAACUAAGUUUUCA